AUGAAGCCGCAGUCGAGCUACAACGUCCCCAAGACGCAGACGGCCGUCAUCUACGAGGCCGACAAGGAACCGCUGCAGGUGCGCGAGGACUGGCCGGUGGUGCAGCCCGAGGACCUCAAGCCCGGCGAGGUGCUUAUCCGCAUCGCCUACACGGGCGUGUGCCACUCUGACCUGUCGGUGUGGGAGGGCGAGGGCCCUCCGCUCCCCAAGCAGUUCCCUAUGAUCGGCGGCCACGAAGGUGCCGGCUACAUCGCCGCCAUCGGUGAGCACACCCGCACGAACCUCAAGAUCGGCGACGCUGUUGGCGUCAAGUGGCUCGCGCACACAUGCCUGGGCUGCGAGGAUUGCCGCAAGGGCUAUGAGACGACGUGCCCGUCCGCUGGCGUCCACGGUUUGACCUGUCACGGCUCGUUCCAGCAGUGGUGCGUGUCGUUCGCGGACCACGUGACUCCUAUUCCGUCGGGCCUGGAUCUGUCGGCUGCAGCUCCUAUUCUGUGCGCCGGCAUGACGGUGUACAAGGCACUCAAGCAGAUCGGUGGCUCUCCGGGUGAGUACGUGGUGAUCCCCGGCGCUGGUGGCGGUCUGGGCCACUUGGCGUGCCAGUACGCGCGGGCCAUGGGCUACAAGGUGGUGGCCAUCGACACUGGCGACGACAAGCGCAAGCUGAUCGAGUCGUACGGCAUCAAGGACUUCAUCGACUUCAAGGAGGGCAACGUGAUCGAGCAGGUCCGCGCUGCCACCGGCGGUCGCGGUGGUCACGCCACCAUUGUGGUGGCCGACUCGACUGCCGCCUACAAGGACGCGCUUAUGUUCCUGCGCCCGCACGGCACGCUCUUCGCUGUCGGUGUGCCCACUGGUGCCGCCAUUGUUGCGCCAGUGGGUCUCAUCAUCCCGUUCGAGUUCCGCAUUGUCGGCUCGUACGUCGCCAGCCGCCAAGACGCCAUCGAGGCGCUGGACAUGGUGGUCGAGGGCCACGUCAAGACCACGUACACCGUCGAGCCGCUCACGAACCUGCCGGACGUGUUCAAGCGCAUGGCCGCCGGCCAGCUCCGCAGCCGCGUGGUGCUGGACUGCGAGUAA